CCCAUAGCCAUCAUACCCUCCAUGCGACAGCCAUGUGCCACAGCCUCCGGUUCCUCCGGCUGGCGCUGCUACUUGGUGUCGCGGUGGAAGCUGAGAACGAACUUGGUAGAGCGGUCUUCCUGAGACCCACGCGGACCAUCCCGCGUGAAGAGUUGUUGAAAGAGAGCGGCUGCACCUUGGAAUUCCGGGAAGUGGAAUAUGAGUGGACCAUGGAAUUCAUUGAUGUCGGACCCAUCCCACAGUUGGCGCAGUUCCGUGUGGACUGCCGCGCGCCCCUGGAAGAGCUGAGGGCGCUGGAGGUCUGGGAUAAGCAUCAGAACUGCGGUCGGGUGGGCUACACGAAAUAUCUGAGCCAGGAAAAGGAAGGCAACAAGAGCCAGGGCAACCAAAGUCGAGGCAAAGAAGCCCACACGGUUAGGAAGUCUGCCAACGGUCCCGACAUCGUCGUGCUCCGCCGCGGCGAUGUCAUCGACUUUCACUGCGUCCUGUCGCCUAUGCGCAUGGAUGACGUGGUCGUGGAACAUCUUGAUGAUGACGCGGAGUUCUCCAUGCAGUGGAUGGCAACCAUUGCCUUGAACGUGCAGCUCGCGAAGACGGACAUUUCUGUGGUGGGAGUGGAGAUGUUUAAGGUCUCCCUACCACUGGUGGCCACGGCUGAAAAGAUCAAGGAACAGCUGGAUCUGGUGCUGCUUCGAGAGUCAUGCAGAGAUGCCAUGAAAGCGGCCUACGACUGGAAACUCAUGGUGACGAAAUCGCAGGCCAAUCGACACAGGGUGAAGUUCAGUAGCCCGCAGCUUGCAACGAAUUUUACUCGGCUGGGAGACUUCGAUGAUCCCAACCUGACGCUGAAAGAAAUGGGCGUGGCAUCCUUUGCCAACGGCCUUCAGCUCUCGGCCAAGGCCACCCAUGCCAGGUGCGAGAACAUCCCUGAACGGAACCUCCUGGACUUGUUGCGGGUCUCGCCAGUGGAAUGGGCCGACCAAGGGCCGUUGGAUUUCCACGCCGUGGCCUUUGACCUCCUGGCAGACGUGGCCACGCUGCCACCCAGCACCAAGUCCCUGCAGGUUACCCUCGAAGCGCGGCUCUGGGGCCUCACCAGCGCGCCCAGCAGCGGGCUGCUGGAGCUCCCCGUGGUGAACCCAGGAACCAGCCGCUUCCUGAGCUCUCCAAGGGUCUUCUGGAUCCAGGUGAUCACCGUGCUGUGCUUCCUACUUCUUGGCCUGGCGUAUUUCUGGAAGAACCGGCAACUCCGGCCGCGAUCAGCGGCGCGGCAGUCAGUCCGGGCGCGGCCCACGGUGCCCACGGUGCCCACGGUGGCCCCGCGGCCGUUGCGGCCGCAGGAAGUCGAACUGCAGAGUGCCGUUGCACGGCCCGAAAAGGUGUGAAAAAUUCAGAGAAAAUCGGCGGAUUUGGGAUGUUGACCCUGAAGCGACAAAGAUAUGGAGAUUUCACCAAGAGAACCGCACUUGAAUAGCAUGAUGGUGGUUGAUCUGAUGGGCAACCGGGGCAGUCAAAAUAGGUGAUAUGAAG